AUGACUCACAGUCUUGGGGCUCAUAUAGCUGGAUGCGCCGGUGCAGCUGUAAAUAGUAGCAUUGGUGUAAUAGUGGGGUUGGAUCCUGCGGGACCUCUGUUUCACAGUAGUGAAACGGACAAUAGAUUAGACCCAUCGGAUGCCCAAUUCGUUCAAGCAAUUCACACUUGUGCUGGUAGAUUGGGCUAUCGAGGUAGUCUAGGAACUGCUGAUUACAGACCUAAUGGAGGAGGAAAUCAGCCUGGUUGCACUCUUGAACCAACUGGUUCGUGUGCACACGGUAGGGCUUUCGCAUUAUUUGCAGAAUCUGUAAGAUCAGGAGGGUUUUCUGUUUGGAAAUGCGACAGCUAUAGCAACUUCCGUUCUGGAGAAUGUCAGUCGAAUGACUUGGAGGUGUGAAUAUUGAUACUAAGUAAAGAUUUAACAAAUAAUCUUCAAAAACAUUUAUAUAACUAGAAUUUUGCAUUUUAGAGCCACUGGUGAUUAUUACUUGCGAAAAAAUUCUCGUUCACCGUAUUCACAAUUCUAAUUAUAUGUAUAACGCCUUAUGGUCUACUAUUUAUAUAGUUUAAAUAAAUUACUACAAUCAUGAUAACUUCAGUAGGUGACGUUCAUAUUUGAUGUAAACUCUAAUUAUUGUUUUUCUCGAUGUUUGUAGCAUAAAAGUAAUGAAAUGCAUUUUAUGUUAAACUCUAUAUUUGUUUAAACUACCUAAGUUAGAGAUAUGCUGGAAACAGAAACAAGAGUUAAGAGGGGUAGAGGUAGACCUAGAUUAGAUUACUGUUCGGAAAUAGUUAAG